AUGGCACCAAGAAAGAAGCAGCAAGUUCAAAAACCAACAAUUAAAAAUGAUCAAGUGCAAAAGUUGACAAAGGAGAAGAAGGAGUUGGAGCAAAAAUUGAAAGAAGCGCUAAAACAAGUUGCUGAUAUUCAACAAGAAAAUGAACAACGACGAAUCGAACUUUUGGGGACAUACCGAGAAAUGAGGCGAGAGUUUGAUAACCGAACCAGGCAAAUUGUACAGUCAAUUGAGUCGGUUAAUAAAAGUUUGAAAAACGCGGAGGGCAGAGCUCAAAAAACCGAGAAGCAACGGCAAAUUUUGAUGAGAACAAAGUUGGAACAAGAACAGAGAAUCGCUUUUCUCAACGACUGUCUUCACGAGAAAAAAACGCAUAAGAUGGUGGAGGCUGAACGUAGAAAGACAGAAAUGAGUCGGAAGCAGAUGUUGAAAGCACAGAAGGAGCUUCGAGAAAUUCAAGAAGGAAAAGAAGGAGUCUCGAAACCAUGGAGACAAUGUGAAAUCUGUGGAGAAGACUACACUGAGCGAGCUCUACACAUGCCUCGUGUUCUCGAUUGCGGUCACACCUUGUGCCAAACAUGCAUCAAAAGAUUGGCUGGUGACGAAGGAGUCCAUUGUCCAUUCGAUCGAGAAGUCACUAUUAUCCAGAAAUCACGGAUCAAUACUCUUCCAAAAAAUUUCGCCGUUCUUCACAUGUGA